UUUAAGCUCGGAUGAAAAUAGUUGCCUUUUUUCAAUCACCAAUUUAUUUAGAAUUUGCUUUGUGCUUUAAAAAAUUAAAAUGGAAACUUAUGAUAAUCCUGGUUUCGUAAAUGAUGAAAAUAAUAUGAGAAAGUUUACAGAAAUUCCAACAACGUUUUUAAAACAAAACUCUGUCGGACCAACUGUAGAAGAUGAAAAUUGUAAAUUACCCGACGAAACACUUAGACGUCACAAAUUGCCACCGCAGCGAGAUCUUUGGGGAAAGGAUAUAGAAUUUUUGUUAUCAUGUAUUGCAAUGUCAGUUGGUUUGGGAAAUGUUUGGCGUUUCCCAUUUACAGCAUUAGAAAAUGGUGGCGGUGCAUUCUUGAUACCAUAUUUAAUAGUAUUAUUUUUAGUUGGUAAGCCUAUUUAUUUCUUAGAAAUGAUUAUUGGACAAUUUUCAAGUCGUGGUGCUGCAAAAGUCUAUGAUUUAUGCCCAGCAAUGAGAGGUGUUGGAAUUGGACAAGUAAUAGCGAUAACAUUGCAAUCUGGUUAUUAUGUAUCAGUAAUGGCCCUAUGUUUAAGAUAUUUAGUAGCAUCAUUUAAUAAUGUACUACCAUGGAGUGAGUGCAAUGAAAAAUGGGGUACAAAUUGUAUCGCAUCUGGAAGUAUAAGAAGUACUGGUUACGAUUUGGGUGGAGUCGGUGUUAACUCAUCUCUAUAUAUUGAUAACAGCACUAAUUUUGAUCAUGAAUUAUUUAUGGCUAAUAUUAGUUCAAGAAAAACAUCUGGCGAAUUAUAUUUUGUAAAAGAAAUAUUACAAGAAGUCGAUAAUGUAAACGAUGGUAUUGGAUUACCAAAUUGGGAAUUAGUCAUAUGUUUAUUUGUUGCUUGGGUUAUAAAUUACAUCAUAAUUAUCAAGGGAGUGAAGAGCUCAGGAAAAGCUUCCUACUUUUUAGCAAUUUUUCCAUAUAUAGUUCUUAUAAUUUUAUUGAUAAGAGCUGUAACAUUACCAGGAUCAAUAGAUGGAAUUGUUUAUUUCAUUAAACCACAAUGGGAUCAAAUAUUAAGCCCGAAGGUUUGGUACGCUGCUGUAACACAAGUAUUUUUUUCAUUAACUAUUUGCUUUGGAUGUGUAAACAAUUAUGCCUCGUACAAUCGUUUUGAUCAUAACAUAUACAGGGAUUCGACUAUUGUCACUCUUUUGGACACGUUUACAUCUUUAUUAGCUGGAUUUACAAUUUUCGCUGUACUUGGAAAUUUAGCUCAUGAAGUCGGAACUGAAGAUAUUGGUAAAGUUGUUAAAGGUGGUGCGGGCUUAGCAUUCAUUUCGUAUCCAGAUGCAAUUGCAAAAUUUGAUAUUAUUCCACAAUUAUUUUCUGUUUUAUUUUUUGCCUUAUUAUUUGUUCUUGGUAUUGGCAGUAAUAUUGGUAUGGUUUCAUGUAUAGUUACAACGAUUACAGAUGCUUUUCCAAGAUUACCGCAAUGGGCUUGUUCAUUAGGUGUUUGUUUAAUGAAUUUUUGUUUUGGAUUAGUCUAUGUUACACCGGGUGGUCAAUUUAUGUUAAAUAUUGUUGAUUAUUUUGGAGUUUCAAUGAAUGCAUUAAUCUUAGGCAUUUUAGAAUUAUUAUGUGUUGGGUGGUUUUAUGGAGUAAAUAAUUUAUGUGCAGAUAUAAAAUUUAUGAUAUCAUUUAAUCCUGGUGUUUUUUGGAGAAUAUGCUGGGGUUUGGUUACUCCAAUUAUAAUGAUGGCAAUUUUAAUAUAUUUUUUCGUUACAUAUCAACCAGUAACAUAUAAAGGUGUUUUGUAUCCAAAUUGGGCAUAUGUGUUGGGAGGUCUUUUAUGUGUAAUUGCUGUAUCUCAAGUACCAAUAUUUAUGAUAUAUGCUUAUACAAAGCAAAGAGAUAAUACAGUUUUAGACAAUAUCAAGAAAAUAUUUAAACCAAAAUCUGAUUGGGGACCCAUGGAUCCAAAAUUAUAUGAUGAUUAUGUGAAAUUAAAUAAAAAUGAUGAUAUUGCAGAAAGUUUAAGAUCUUCGAAUAGAUUUUUUGGAUUUAUUCAAAAGAAUAUAUUCGGAUAA